UUGACAACCGCUAAUUUUAAAUUUUGUUCUCACCAAACAAUUUUGUACUUAUAUUUUUACUGUUUUUUAAAUGGAAAUUGAUAUAUCGUUCCCUGAAAGUCUGGAAAAAGUUACUUUCGCAUCAUUACUGAUAGAAUCAGUGAAAUAUUUGAUGUUUCAUCGAUAUCAAACGCCGUUACCUAUCGAUCAACUUCAAGCGGAAGACGAGCGCGACAGAAGACAUGAGAAUGCUAGACGUUCACCGAGACACCGUCCUAUUCCUGCCGUGUUAAAGAAGAAACGGAAAUUUCUUGCGGAAGUAGACGAUUUGUUAAUAAAUUUAUAUCAAGUAUUCUUGCAAACGGAUGUGGUAGAAAUGAUUUUGUUGUUUGGGGCAACUCUGGUCAGUCCUAAGGAAAUUUAUUCUAUAAAAUUUGAAGGCAAUCAUGAGUUAACUAGCAUGGAUGAAGUAAAAAUUGCUUGCGCAACUGGCAAGGAAAACCACUCAAGAACUCGAUCAAAAUUUCAAGACAAGUGUUGUCGGAAACUGGCAAAAUGUUUGUUUACAAACCCAUCUCUCAACAAGCUUGGUGAGCUUGGUACAACAUCUAUGCAUUGUUUGAUUUUGGCUCCAAGAACAACAGAAACUAGCUGGCUUCGUCCAAGGGCAUCAUUCAAGCUUCCAUGCAAGAUUAAACCGUAUAAGAUAAAAAUACAGGGGGCUAAAGAUGAUAGUAAAAUGGUAUCCAAGGAUGUGAUGGAAAGUAAGGAUGUUGAUGGCCAUGUAGGGAUGUUGGUGGAGAAUGACCUGUUGUGGUUUGAAACACCAGUAGUUAUUAAAGGAUACAAGGGAGCAUUCACUUAACCCAAUAUGAGCAUUAAAUGAAACUAUGAUUCUGUUCUUGAUAAUUUAACGAAUUUUUAUUAUUCAUAUUUUAUUGAACUGAAUUAAUUGUUGCAAUGUGUAGAAAAAUACAUGAUGAAAGCAUUUUUGCUGUAUGAUGAUUUGAAAAUUGCUAUGGAGAUGAUUACGAUUGUCUGGAUGACAUUUUUUAUAAAUAAAUAUGUGCUCUUCCCUAACUAUUAUGAUGAACAGCAUGAGGAAAACGACAAAUCAAAUUCUCCUAAAUCGAAAAUAUAAUGUUAUUUUUAGUGAGCCAUUUCAUCAGUGUUUGAUAAAGUAGUAAUACUCACUGCA